CUUCGAAGCACCGAAGACCUGGUUUGCCAGCAUGCAGUGCGCGCUGGUGGUGACUGCUACGCUAAUACUUCCCGUGCACCUGCUGUGCAUUCGAGUGCCCCUGUUGAACGACGCAGCCGUUUUCCUCGGCUCCUGGAUACUGACGCUGGUGACCAGCUACUGGCUGGCAUGCUUCUUGUGGAGCAAGGCGCUGAGGAGGUCCAUCAAGACGGAAGGAAAGGCGGUGUUGGUGACGGGCUGCGACACAGGCUUCGGUCACCAUGCAGCCAAACGCUUCGCCGACGUCGGCUUCACCUGUGUUUGCCUGGCUGCCUGAAUGCAGCCAGCGAUGGCGCCAAAGAUCUCGCCAAAAGGACAAACGUUCACGUCAUCCAGCUGGACAUCACCAAGGACGAACAUGUCGAGAAGGCACUGGCGGUGGUUAAGACAAGCCUUGGAUCAAAUGUGCUAUGGGCAGUGCUUGCCAACGCUGGAAUAGUGGCUGUCGGGCCCGUGGAAUGGAAUUCAAUGGAGAGGAUCAAGAAAAUAUUCGAGGUCAACGUGUUUGGUCACAUGCGAGUAGCCAAGGCGUUCCUGCCUUUGUUGAAGAAGUCAAGGGGUCGUCUAAUCUUUGUCACCAGCGGCCUUUGCCGAGCAACCAUACCAGGGAUGACUGUGUAUUGUAUGAGUAAGCACGCCGUGCUGUCGCUAGUGGACGGCCUCCGAAGGGAAUGUGAGGACGAAGGUGUGGAUGUUGCAGCCGUAGAACCCACAGCGUACAGGACAAACAUGCUCGAGAACAUCGCCUGCCCGAAGUACGUCGAGGCGGACCUGCAGCUCCUUUCAGACGAGGCCCGGAGUCUCAUUCCGGAGGACAGCGUGGGCCGUUGGUCAAAGUUCCUGGGCGGCAUGUUCGACAUACUCACGCGCGAUAAUCCCAUGGAAGUUGUGGACCAGAUGACUUUUGCGGUCAUGGACAGUAGGCCCCGGCCUUGCUAUCGGGCCAUGACUCUGCCCGACAAGUUCUACCUGCUCUUCGCCAAGCUGUUCCCAGAAGAAGUCUUGGACGUCUUCUUCACAGUGUUUCGGGCAGUUGUCCAGUUCAUGAAGUAGAACAGUGCAGUGACCAGUAGACCAUCCGUGCCGUUUUGCGAUAGUCGUGUUUUAAGGCAUAAAAUCUACCGAGAAGACAGCUCUAUGUGGAGCCAGUGACAGCUUUGCAGCAAAGCGAUGUGGAGUCAAGGAUAUUCACCUUUCGGCUGUUAAGCUAUAUCAGGCUGACGAGUCUCACUGCCGAUUUAGCUGGCAGAAGUAAUAACAAUGGUAGUGCAUCUAAAUUUUUUUGAAAAAGCACGCGAUGCUAUCUUCUAGCUGUGCGUGGUAACUUGUGAAGCUGUGGUCGAUCCCUAAAUUAAAAGAAAGGCAUUAAUUUCGCCAAGUGCAUAAAAUGUAGUUGUGCAUAUGGAACUGAAAGUGAUAGUCUGAAAGAAUGACAGUUUAAUUUACGAAGGUUUGUAAAUAAUAUGUUCUCUAUAUAUACACAUAGGAGAUAAAUUUAAUAGAAAUUGUUUUCUACUUUCUUGAAACUAACAAAUAGAAGUCCAAAACUAGUAGUAGCAACUUUUGGAACAGUGUUUGUUGCUUGCGAGAUAAAUAUUGUACAACAUUUUCUUGCGUUUCUCUAACUAACAAUUUUGUUACUGAUCGCAUUUGUACAAAGCCACAUCCUGUCAUAAUAAAAGAAGCGCAAUAAUUUAUUAUUAUUGAAGCAUGACACGUUAUUUCAGGUUUCGUUUCUUUUCACUACUUUCCGAAGCGUUGGAAUUCCUUGCGUUUGCACGUUGUGAUAUUGAUACAAUGAUAUAAUAUGAUAG